AGGUUUCCUGCCCCGCCUAAUCAUCUGAGGCCGUAGUCAGCCUCAAUCUUUCUGAUUCGUAAGUAACUCAGUGAGUGCUUUCCUUUUCCCAUGUCUUUUUUGGUCAACAACCAACCACAUAUCACUCACUACUCCUACAUGAAGGGACUCUCUUUCUGUCCGGAGGGAAUCAUUCUUUCUCAAUCAAUCAUGCCUCAACUGGAUAAAUUCACUUAUUUCACACAAUUCUUCUGGUCAUGCCUUUUCCUCUUUACUUUUUAUAUUCCCAUAUGCAAUGAUGGAGAUGGAGUACUUGGGAUCAGCAGAAUUCUAAAACUACGCAACCAACUGGUUUCAAACCGGGGGAACAAAAUCCGGAGCAACGACCCCAAGAGUUUGGAAGAUAUCUUUAGAAAAGGUUUUAGCACCGGUGUAUCCUAUAUGUACUCUAGUUUAUUCGAAGUAUCCCAAUGGUGUAACGCCGUCGACUUAUUGGGAAAAAGGAGGAAAAUCACUUUUCUCUCUUGUUUCGGAGAAAUAAGUGGCUCGCGAGGAAUGGAAAGAAACAUCUUAUAUUUGAUCUCGAAGUCCUCCUAUGGCGCUUCUUCUUCAAAUCCUGGAUGGGUGAUCACUAGUAGGAAUGACAUAAUGCUAAUCCAUGUUCCACACGGCCAAGGAAGAAUAAAAAAAAUAAGAGAAGAAAGAUCGUAGAAAAGAAAGUCUUACGUGCUCUCUCCUCUAUCUAAGUAAGAGAAAGAGGAAGGUCCAAUCAUGCUACUUUGAGAAAGAUGCUUAACACAUGCAAGUCGAUCAGUUCGCCCUUAAGAAAUAGGCAACA